GUGGUGGUUCACAAUUGAAAUGGGACUCUACACUUCUGCACACUCUAGUCUGUUGGGAGACUGACCGAGUUUGAGUGAAAUACUAGCGGUUUUACUACCCGAGUGGACGACUGUAGUGUUGAGUGUUUUCUAGUGGAGUAUGUGCUGGUGUAUACCGGUGUUAUAGCACAUGUGUUAUACGAUGUAUUAUGACAGUUGAUGGCCCCGUGCACUGUCCUGUGAUCUCGGCAAGUUUUGGUUGUUCAAAGGAGCGAUCGGACUUCUUACCCCACGGUAUGGUGGUUGUACCAGGACUAGCGAUGUCCAAUCGUCCACGACUUCAUAUUCCUAAUGGAUAUAACCAUUGCGACACUUCGUCGCGUCUUCAGCAACGCUACGGACAUACGGAAACUAGUGCAUAUGAAAGGAUGGUUUACUCUCCGUCAAAGAUGCAUGUUGAUCCUUGGAACACGAGUGCUGUGAAACUUAGUCUUUUGAUUGGAAAUGGCUCUGAUCACGACCCCCGGGGAAACUGUCGCAUGGUGUCUCAGUCGGUGACAGAUCUGAGGGCACGGGAAGAUACGGGGGUGCCUCUCUGGGUGUCGGACCCCCGGGGUGGGGACAGAGGGGCAUCAAUUUCGGACGGAGAGGAAGAGUAUGUGACCCUGGACUAUAACUACAACCCCCGCGGUAGUGCACCUACCACCCCACGGGGAAGUGGGAAUACGACCCCACGGGCCAAUGGAACCCCCUUCCCACGGGGAUAUCAGACAAUGCAGCCAAACCGUCAUAGACAUAGCUAUAACCCUGGAUAUAUAAACCGUGAAUUGUACCCAAACCCACGGGCAAAUCACAUGCUGACCCAGACUCGACCCCCGAUGGUUUCAAGGGUCCAAUCUUUGGAAAAUGACACUAAUGUGGAAACGCUACAGCGUAAAAAGACAAACGCGCUAAGGAAAGUCGCGGCAACGUUCGGACUCGCGCGUGCCCCUAAGGGCGUAGAGACUGAGGGUGGGGAAGAGGGGAAGGUGCGACGGAAACGAAGCAGGUCCCUUCCCGAUCUGCAAGCUGAUGGGGCAGAAAAUGUUAGUUGUUAUAGUGAUGAUGAAGAUGGUGAUGACUUUGGGUUCCGUAAUUCCCCUUACUCUAGUGCAGCGUCUAAUUGCUCCCCAUCCCCUUCUACAGCCUCCCCCGGUAUGCUCAAGGCCAAGUCGCCGUCACCAGGCCGACGAAAGAUCCUCCCCAAACGAUGGCGCAGCAAAACCAAAGCCGUUCCCAACGUGACGGCGUCUUCUCUCUGGAGCCCAGAGGGUUCUUGUACAUGGUGCAGUGUAAGCGGAAGGAAAGUAGUGCUAAAACCAGUCAGUUUACUCCAACUGACGGAUGCGGAAAGGGUUGCGCUACAGAAAAUAGCCCUACCCAAACUUCAGUCUAUGGACAUUGGUCCUUUAUCUGUUCCAAAAGGAGAUUCUGAUGACAACCGGAGGUCAAAGAAAGUGCUGUCACUGAAACGAAGGUCAAAGUCCGCCAACCUGGCUGGUUUGUUGGACACUCUAGCUGAGAAAGAAAAACAGAAGGAUUCAAACCCAAAAGAUGGAAUGGUGUUUGGAAUUCCACUGUCAAAGUGUAUCGCUCAUGACAGAGAAAUAUAUAAAAGACAAAGUUGUCGUACAUCAGCGUCGUUAAAGGUCCGCAGUGAAAGUGCUGAUGUAUUAUUGUCUCCCCAUGGUCAGAGAAAGUCAAGUAGUUCCUCCCAAAGCUCUCUGGACAAUGUUCCCCACAACGGCAGCACAAUAUCCCACAAUCCUUCUCAUGGGAGACGAGGAAGUUCAGAUUCUUUGUCGGAAUCGGAAAGUAGCAGAAACACAAGUUCUAGUCUCAUCGAUGCCCUCUCCCUGUCUCUCACUCAGCCUGCCUCGACGCAGUCAGAACUAAGGGGAGAUAACCAAAGCUGCUACGCCACGGGAGCGCCUCAAGUUCCUCAGAUAGUCAAUUCCUGUUUUAAACAUAUAGAAACCUAUGGUUUGCAAGUGCUUGGUAUUUUUCGUGUUGGUUCAUCCAAGAAGCGAGUGAAACAGUUACAAGAAGAAUUUGAUAGUGGGAAGAGCAUAACGUUAAAUGAAAAUCACAACCCUCAUGACGUUGAGGCGUUGCUGAAGGAAUAUUUUCGGGAUCUGCCAGAGCCACUCCUCACUCGGGAUCUGUACACGCCUUUCAUCUCCACCAGAAAAUUAAAAGAUGUAGAGAAGCGGUUGGUAGCUUUGAGGUUGCUUGUGUCGUUACUGCCACUGCCAAAUCGUGACACAUUCUGGGCACUGCUGAGGUUCCUGGCAAAGGUUGUCGAACAUUCCAAAGAUACUAUAGAUGAACAUGGAAACGAGCUCUCUGGGAAUAAGAUGGACUCCCAUAAUCUGGCAACAUUGUUUGGACCAAACAUUCUCCACAAAGCUAAGUCGUCACCGGACAAGGAGUUCCGGGUGGAAACAACGGAACAUGCGGAGCAGAGCAAGGAGGUCAUAGAGGUCGUCAAGGAGAUGAUCGAUGGCUAUCGUCAGUUGUAUGAGAUUUCGCCUGAUCUGCAUGAUGAUGUUAUACGGUUGCUAAUGGAAACGAGCCCAGAGGUUGCAGAUAAGAUUCUCAAACAACUAGCAAAUGAUGUUGUGAUUGAACCUGAUCCGGACACAUCUUCGAGUGUGUUUGACGACAGUGAUUCGCCCUCUAUGCCUCACUCCCCCAGCAGUGACGCCGACCUCCUCUGCCACUCCCGAGGCUACAUUAGCGUCCACCAGACGCUCCGGGCCUCCAAGAGUGCCGACCCUUGCACCCCACUUGCUCAUAGAAAGUCAGGGACUGUUGUAGAGGAACGAAGGACUGCAAGUUCCAGUGAGGAUAGACCCAAAGUGCGUGUAAAUAUUGAAAAGAGCGCUAGUCCACUUGUAUCAAGGAGUCAGCGGACAUCUCGGACUCCGACAGUGAAGGUUUCGAGAGACAGUUCUAGUCCUGAGGUGUUAUUACGACCACACGUGGAUGUGCGUGGGGACCGGCCUUAUUCCGAGGGAUACUCUCACAGUUUGUCCAUUCCAAAGCCGAGUUAUCUCCGAGAGAACAGCAGCUCUAGCAUCAGCAGUUAUUUGUCCUCAACGAACAGUCCAGGUGGGUCGGACACCUCAAUACAGUGGUCGAACCAGUCACCUCCAUCUUCUAGAACAAGCUCACCUCGACCAAUCCGCAGGUCAUCAUCACAGAGGCGACCUUUGAAUCUCAACCAAGGUGAAGACGCUCCUGUCGGGUCUGCAGAAUGGCAGAGGGAACGGUGGCGCCACUGGGAAAUGAUCGCAGCUGAUAAGAAAGGAGAAGGCUAUGAACAAGAGACACUUGUAUGAGAACCAGUGUGUUAUGGGCAAAGAAUGUGCAAUUCCAAAUAUUUGAAAGAUACGAGACCUCUGUGGCAUUUUUCCACUGAUUUACAGAUGUGCUGGAUUAAAUCCAUGAAUAUUUGGAAAACCGGUAUUCCAUGAACUCCACUGCUCAGUGACCGGGAAUGAUUUCAGAGGUGUGUUUCCAUGGUGACAACACAAUGCUCAACCGCUGUGUGAAAUUAGUUGACAAUAUACAGCUGGUUUGAACGUGCCGCUUGGACAGGAAUCUAAAUCAUAAUGUCUUUCAUAUUAACACUUGUUUUUGCAAUAACACUAAGGGAAUCUAUGCAAAAAUAGAAUAUGAUGAUUGUAUUGUAGUGUGUAUAUAUAUAUGUAUGCAGACAUGCUGAGCCAGCGAUUAGUUUUGUAAAUAAUACAAGAACUGCCCCAACUGUCAUGAAAGUGCAAUCGUUAAUUGUAUAUUUAUAAUCUAUGUUCUUGUACGUCGAAAGUAGGAAGGGUUAGGCAAACGUUGGUUCAGAAUUUGCUGUUUUAAAUUUUUUACCUAUAAACUUUGAUAACAUUGAGAUUUUUUAACAUUUUUAUACAAGCAAUAAUUCAUUAUAAAACAAUGUUUUCAUCCAUGCGACAGUGCAGUUAACAUUUUCAUUUCACAUUUAUAUGAAAACUGUUUUAUCAUGAGUCGCCCAUUAUUGGUCGUGUGUAUAUUGAUAAAAGUGGGCAAUUUUAUAGCAGCAUCUGAAACAACUGGACUGUAUGCAAAUUUCUGUUAUUUGUUUUAUAUUAACAGAGGUUACCAAAUAGAUGUAUACAUUUUUCAAAUUGUUAAAAUGUUGAUUGUUUAAUGUUCUUGUGCUUCAAAGACGACUUAGAUACCUCAGAUAUGAGGGUAUGUUAAGUCAAGCUUUGCAGAAGGAAAAGAGAUGUUGUAGAUAUAUCAUAGAGUUAUUUAUGAUGUACAAAAUAAUCAACUCAUAUGUGCCAAAGUGAUGGAGAGAAGAUAGUUGUACAUAGAAAUGGUUGUUGCCAUAGUUACCAAAAAGAUAUUAAUAAAUAUGACAAACCAGUGAGACAUGGCAGUCUGUACAGUCGAAAUCAAAGGGAUUUUGUUUUUUGUACAAGCUGUAUGUUCCUUCUCCUUACAACACCCUAUCAUUGACACUUCCACCUUUAAAAACAUAAACUGUAUGUUUAUUUCAAAUAUGCAAUAUCUAGUUUACAGUAAGCAUGAUCUCUCAAUUGAAAGAGAUAAAACAUUCAUUGUUGAAACAUUUUUGGGUAGAUAUUUUUGGGAACAUAUAAAAUUGAUGUAAUUUGUUUCAUAUUUAUUCUAAAAUAUUUUAAUGUUUCAAAUAUGCAAUAUUUAACGUACAGUAAGCAUGUUCUUUCAACUGAAGACUUAAACAAAUCAUUGGUGAAACAUUUUUUGGUAGAUUUUUUUUUUGAAUAUAUAAUAGAUAAUAGAGGUGAUGUAAUUUGUUUCAUAAUGGUUCCAAUAUGUUUUAAUAUAAAUCCAUUUCCAUCAUUUUUGUAUUGAUGUGACCAUCAGUAGUGUAACUGAGGUUUGAAUUUGUUGGUAUGAUAUUAUGCUGGAUAUUGACAUAUCGGAGCAAGUAAUCAAAAUUGGACUGCAAUCAAAAACUGACACAACGCUAAUCAAAGAUUGUGAUCUAGAAAUAGCAAUUAACAUUUUAAAAUACCUACUUCAGCUUCAGUUUGGAGUUAUGUGUCAGUGAUAUUUCAUCAAUCUUACAAUAGAAUGUUGCAAAUAUAAUGUGUACAGUUUCCAUGGCAACCAUAUAAAUGAUUGUCUUGUAUGUUACUCAGCUUUACUCAGGAAAAGCCUUUCUAGUCGGACUACCCAUGUUAGCCUGUAAGGAUCAUUACACUGAAACACCAGUGUACUAUUUCCCUAGAAACUGCAUGUAACCAACUGGUGAAACUAUUGGUUUUCCGAAAACCAUUGAUUUGUUUCUGAACUGAUUCCAGUCCUACUACUAACACAAAGAAAGAUGGCGCAUAGUCAUUUCUCUCUGAAUCUAAACGUUAAAGUAAGUCAAGACACUAAUUGUAUACGUAACAAUUUGGAGGAAUGUUUUAGGUCUUCAUAUUUUGAAAUAUUGUUACAUUUUGUUAAUCAGGGUAUACUGAAUGGAAGAAUUAAGGGAACAGAUGUUAAAGAAAAUGUUGGACGUGAUUUCUGAUUGAUUUGACGGAACAGAUUGUAGGUUACCAGAUAUUGUUUAAUAUAUUGAAGAGUUAGUUCAUUUCUUUACUCAUUUGUUUUCAUAAUUGAGGCAUUCAUGCUAAAGAUAGCAUCAGAAUCUCUAUAAUUAUGCUGCUGUUCCCUUUCUUUAUUUCUUCAGUAUAUAAACAUUGGCCAGAAUAAGUCAGAAUUAUACAUUAUUACAAGAGCCAGUACAUCAUAUCAAAUCAAGUCAUUACUAAUAUGGAAAAUCAGCUUUUUGGUGUGAAUAUAUUAUUUUCACAUUAAUAAAAAUUGACAGAAAUUAAUUCUACGCACUAUAUUUAGAAGUUAUAUUAGUGACAUGUUUUGUUUAUGUUGAUUUCUGUGUUGACUUCAUCCAAAUACCAGUGCUACCAAGAAUCUCUUAACAGUCUAUACAUAACACGUUUGAUGUUUACAUGUUGACCAUGUCUUGUUUACCAUUACAUAAUAGUCGUAUCCCAUAUGUCAUAAUGCCUGUUUCCAUGGUAACAGCGUCAAUCCACUUGUAAACAAUGUCCUGUUAAAACUACAUAGGAAGUCUUGAACAUGAGGAUUAUCUAGCAUAACAAUCUUAGCUCAAUUUUUGGUAUGGCUUCGCCCAUACACAUAUAUUGUUUAUGCUAUAAAAGGGCAAAAAUAUAUAAUUUUAAAAAUAAAACUUUGAACCUAA